AUGGCAGCCAUAUUUAACGCUUUAUUCGGUACAUAUCCUGAACCGGAACAACAAAAUAUUGUAACAAAUCAAACCGAUAUAGCAAUUAAAAAUGCUAAUGUUUCUGAAAGUCUUCAUACAUCAGUUGUUGCUGAUGAUAUUCGUGUCAAUUCUAUUAUAUCAUCUGAAGCUCAAGCAAAUCUAACACUUCAUAAUAAAGUUAAUAUUGAUAAUUUAAUAACACAAUUAAGUACAACACAUACACAAGUUGAUCAAUAUUCUCGAGCACGUACAAAUGAAAUAAAUGAACAAGCUAAAAAAUCUAUUGCUGAUAUUCUUGCAAGUACUCAACGUCAACAAGAACAAUUAUUAUGUGAUGCAAAUCAUCGUCAUUUAACCAUUGAAAAUGAAUAUAAACUUCAAUUACAAAAAGCUGUUGAAGCAUUAGAUGCUGUUAAAGCUAAAACUUUAGCUGAUUUAGAACGUGAUUUACAAGCUCGACAACAAAUAAUUAUGUUUGAAGCUAAACAACAAAUUGAUGCUAUAAAUAAUCAAGCUAAUACAGAAAAAUUAAAUGCUUUAGUUGAAGCACAAGAACAAGCUAAACAAAAUAUUGCUAAUCUUACAGAUCAAAUUGUUGUAUUAGAUCAACAAGAAGCUCAAAAUUUAUUACAAUCAACAACUACUACUAUAAUUACUUCUCAUGCACAAACUGUAGAGAAUACACAAAACAUUACAACUAUACCUGUUACAGAAACAGUUAUUGCAACAGAUGAUCAAAAAGUUACAAAUGUUGUUGAUAAUCAAAUGCAACUAGCUAUAAAAGGUCCAUCAGAAUUAGUACCGGCUCCAACAAUUCCAACGACAAAUGAAGGCAAUACAACUGCUUUUGGUACAAAUACUGGAGCAUCUGAGCUUACAACACCAAUAGCUGUUUCUACAAAUGUCGAAACAGAAAUCAAAUCAGCACAAGAUAAUAUAAUCUUUUAA